UAGGAAGGAAAAGAUCGCGCGAGAAAGACAUUGUUGUGCGACAGAAGUGUCUCCACUUCCUGUGUCGUCAUCGACAUGCGACCAAACCUGGAGCGAGAAGUGGGAGAUUCGAAGUAGCAAAACAAGUAACAGUAAUUUCAUUAAACAAAUGCCAUCUACGAUUAGUUAAAAACGAAAAAGGAAAACCACGACAUCGGAGUAAGCAUGGCGACCCCCAGUAAGACCCCGCCAGGUUCUGACCCCAAGCAGCUGGAGAGAACCGGGACGGUCCGGGAGAUCGGCUCUCAGGCGGUGUGGUCUCUGUCUUCCUGUAAACCAGGUUUUGGUGUGGACCAGCUGAGAGAUGAUAACUUGGAGACAUACUGGCAGUCUGAUGGAUCCCAGCCACACCUAGUCAACAUCCAGUUUAGGAGAAAGACCACAGUGAAGAUGUUGUGUAUGUAUGCAGACUACAAGUCAGACGAGAGCUACACCCCCAGUAAGAUCUCUGUCAGAGUAGGAAACAACUUCCACAACCUGCAGGAGAUCAGACAGUUAGAGAUGGUAGAGCCUAGCGGUUGGAUCCACAUCCCCCUUCUAGACACAGUCAACAACCCCAUCAGGACGUUCAUGAUCCAGAUAGCUGUGUUAGCCAACCACCAGAACGGCAGAGACACGCACAUGAGACAGAUCAAAGUGUAUACCCCCGUGGAGGAGAGCUCCAUCGGCAAGUUCCCAAGAUGCACCACGGUCGACUUCAUGAUGUACCGCACCAUCAGAUGACACUGAGGGUUCCGGGUGGAACCUCCUCAGGGUUCCGAAUAGAACUUUCCAGAGUUCCGGGUGGAACCCUUAAGUGUACAUUGUUGACAAAUAAGGGAAUUGGAAUGCUAAGUUUUUUAAAAAAGUGAAAUAUAUUAUUCUAAUUUUCAAGUUAACCUGAAAUCCUUUUCAUUUAAGAUUACAUGGAGCCACUCAACGUAUUACGGUCUCUGUCUGCAUCCCAAAUGGCACCUAUUCCCUAUAUAGUAGACUACUAUAGACCAGAGCCCUAUUCCCUAUAUAGUAGACUACUUUAGACCAGAGACCUAUUCCCUAUAUAGUAGACUACUUUAGACCAGAGCCCUAUUCCCUAUAUAGAGCACUACUUUAGACCAGAGACCUAUUCCCUAUAUAGUAGACUACUUUAUACCAGAGCCCUAUUCCCUAUAUAGAGCACUACUUUAGACCAGAGACCUAUUCCCUAUAUAGUGCACUACUUUAUACCAGAGCCCUAUUCCCUAUAUUGGGAUUUGACAUCCUCCUG